CAGCAAUUUUAAUUAAUAUAGAUAUUGAGUUGUUAUAGUCGAUUUAAAAAAUGUGUUUAUUACUUCUAACGCAACUGGCAUAUUGUUGAUCGCACUCGGUAUGCCACCACACAGCUCGGAUUCAUCGCACAAAGCGAAGAAUCAAGGUCAUCAAUGAAAAUAAUUGUGUUAAACAUUUCUCGGGGUGUUCCAUAUGAUAUUAGCGUACUUAACGUAAUAUUAAAUAGGUACAGCUAAUAAGUAAAAGAACAGCAAUUUGUAAACACAUUCGAAAAAUCAAAAGAACUUUAAAGAAUAAAAUUAAACGACUGAAAUCAUGCCGCUGUCCUCAUUACUUUACAUGCUAAGAAUUAACCUCGCAAAUUCUUUUGUGGUUGGGAAUUGCCGAUUAAAGAUUCGGAUGGCGUCAUCGUCGCAAACAAAUAGGGAAAAUGAAUUCCUUUAAUAAAAAUCCCGUCAAUUUGAUGCGAUGAUUCUGAUACGUUUAUCAGAUUGAAGGUAGGAAUGACGAUGAACACAUACUAAAAUGUCUAAAAACCCACGUGAACAAUUAAAAAAUGAAAGUAAUAAAUUUUAACUCUGCCAAUGUGAUCUCCAAUUUGGAUAGCCUAUUAGCAACAACUGAGCAUUAAGAUAAAUAUUACUAUUUACAAUCUUCUAAAUUCCCCCUGCAUCGGUGGUUGACGAGUCGAAUUUCCUGACAUUUCACCAAUGAUACAGUUGACUCCUUCAGAGCUUAAUUAAAACUGGAUUGCGUUCUAUCAGUCAUCAGGCAUACGAGACAAUGUUCGUAUCUUUUUUUUAGCUUCGCCUCCUUUAACCGUAGAUAAACAGGAACAGAGUAGAAUGCAAACCAGUUUCAGUUAAACUUAGAAGAAGCUAACAUAAGUAUUAGUAUGGUACUACAGUAUCCUGUGGAUGAAGUUUCUUUAAAUGAUUGAGAGAUAUAUUGUUUUCUAUUUUUCGUUGCAGUGGCUGUGGUCUCAUAUUUUAAAAUUGUUUCCAUCAUCGCUUGUUACCAAAUAUUGUAAAAUGUCAUAAAAAUUGUGAAAUUUUAAAUAGGACAAAAUAAAUUAUUUUAAUUCAUUAGUUUUUUUUUAAUUGUAUUUAAUUUGGGAAUUAUUGUAUCGUACUGAAAAACCCUGACAUCCUUGUAUGUACCUUCAAAUGUUUGACUUACAGGGCACCUUGUGCUAAGACCAAACUAGGUGAGGUAUGUUUAUCAAUAGAGUUUUUAGAAGUUAUUUCAUAACUUGAAAUUUGUUAGGGGUAUGUGAAAAAAAUAUGUAGGAGUUUGCUCAGAACAAACGAAAUCAUCAAGUAUGCAAAAUUUUAAAGUUUUUAGGAUGAUGGUAACACUGCAACAGCGAAGAUGACUUCAUCCAUAAUUUGAAUUUGGAAUACUAUUUUUUUUUCAUCUCCUUAGGAUAUAACGUAAUCAAGUAUUUCUAACUAACUAACCAAAUGGGUGUUUAUGACAUUUUUUGAGGUAAAAACAAAAGCGCAGCGAAGGCGAAGGAAUAUUGCAAUUUGAUAUUUGUAUAAUACGUGACAAAAAAACAAAUACAUCUGACUGUUGCAAAUUUACUCUACUAUUGCCAAACAACUAUUUUAAAACAAUCGACUGCCAUUUUAAAACGACCUCAUUAGUUUGACCAUAGCCUUUGGCGUUACAAUUGAUUCAGUGUGAUAUUUUAGUGUGGACCCAUUUAGAAGUGAUGCAUAGGUGGCACUUCCUCUUUUUGGCGAGCACGCUCAUUGUAUUCCCAACGAACAUAACCGCCACCGACAAUGCCAAAGAGGGCGAUUUCAAAACGGUCACUGCUCCUCCGUCUGAGGAAACGCCACCCCCUGGUCCGGUUCCGUGCACUUGCGCCGUUUUCUUAAGCAGUCAGUUUAAAAAGGGAUCCAAGGACCAACCCAAAGGGUCGCCAGUGCUUAUGCAGGAAAUAGACACCCCUUUUAUGGCCAACGCACUGGGAAACAAGCAAUGCACGCACCGAUGCCUCGAAGUGAUUAUUAAGCACCUUCCGAAGAGCAACGAAAUCAUAUGCGCAACCGUGGAUAAGGACCAUGUCCAUAGGGAAAAGGCGUACCUAUUCGUCAAGAAUCACAGCGACAAAUGGCACGAGACGAAGCUAUCAGCAGGAAGAGAAUUCUGCUGCAAAGAUAAUCUUCCAUACAAAUGCUUCAAACCACUGAAAUGAGAGAACGAUGAAGAUUAUUUUUUUAAUAUAACUUAUAAAUUCUAAAAUGAUUUCGUCAUUGCUUUUCAAAUCAACAAAACACAAUGCAAAUUAUUGAGUGGUAAUAGGAUGCAGCCACCCUAAUAUUGUUAACAACUUCCUAACCACA